AUCAACCUUCUUCUCAGCACCAUUAUAGCACAAAAAAAGCUCGAAGCUUCACACUCUUCACAAAGGAGCCUAAAGAAAAAUGAGGUUCAACUUCGAUAUAGCUGAAUCCACCGAGGACGAUUCUCGAAGGUCCUUAACACCUAAAGAAGAUGUCCAAUGGGUCCCGCUUCAAACCCACCCGGUUUUCACCACCACCGCCGACGGAGGAGGAACAGCCGCCACUGCUUCUGCGUCAGCUGGAGGUGUUAGAAAUCUUCUAGCUUGGGACGGAGCCUCAAGACUAUAUUAUUGGGAUUCCAAUCAGCAAUGCCUCCAUCGAAUCUCCAUUCGCUUGGGCGAGCCUGACCCUACUUCCGUCGUCGCCGCCUCCCCCUCUAAAGUGUUGCGAGCGGACAAGGAGCUGAAUUUUGUGGUUAAUAAAAUCUCUAUCAACAGGAAUGGCUCAGCUUUACUCCUAGCUGGUUUAGAUGAUUUAUGUGUCAUGUAUCUUUAUGGACGUUCUUCUACAAAAGAAAAUGCCAUCGUUUGCAGGACUGUUUCAAUUGGUUCACAAGUUUAUUCUAGUGACGGCAGUGCAAUACGCAUUCUUCAAGUGUCAUGGCAUCCCUAUAGUGACACUCAUGUUGGAAUUCUCUCUUCUGAUUCAGUUUUCAGACUCUUUGAUUUAUCCUCUGGUGUGGUGCAACCAGAACAGGAGUAUUAUCUGCAGCCUGUAGAACCUGGUAGAUCAAGGAAUGCUGCAUCUAUCUGUCCUGUUGACUUUUCUUUUGGGGGAGACCACCUGUGGGAUAGGUUUAGUGUCUUUGUAUUAUUCAGCGAUGGAUCAGUUUACAUCCUCUGUCCAGUCGUUCCAUUCGGAAGUGUUUAUAAAUGGGAGUCAAUAUUGGAGAUUUAUAGCGAUGCUCAUACUUUUGGACUGAAGUCAGCCAAAUCGGCAGCUGUUAAUAAUUCUAAUAUGGCAAUCUCUUGGUUAGAAGCAACUUUUCCUGAGGUAGCACAAGAAGCAACAGACAGGGAAAAUCUCUCUACCAUAAAAGCUCAUUCACAUGCUUUAUUUGAUGCGUCACUUGCUCUGCAGGGACCGUUGCGUAAAGUAUGUCAUGGUGGGGAGGAUGAAGAUUUAGCAGUUAGGGGUGCCGAAUGUGAAGGCCGUGCAGUCAGUUUUCUCUAUAAUUUAGUCAGCAAAGACUCAAUUCUGGUGACUGCCUGGAGUGGUGGGCAAUUGCAAAUAGAUGCCCUAGCCGAUGAAAUCCAGCCAGUUUGGAUUACUGGUAGUGCACCUCGUCUUCGUGUUGAUUCCUUUGAUCACAUUCGUGGGAUUGCUAUGAUCUGUGAAUCAAUCCCUGCCGAGCAUUCUAUUGUGAAGCUUGAUCAACCACUUGAUAACACUGUUUGGUUGGGGCAUCCACCUCCAUUGUUGAGACUGGCAAUUGUGGAUUUAGCUUUGCCAAGGAAAACAGAAGGCAGUUCUCUUAUCACGAUGUUUGCAGAUCCACUUAUGCCCGAAAGAAUAUAUUCUCUUCACGAGGGAGGGGUAGACUCAAUAGUGUUGCAUUUUCUCCCUUUUACAUCUCAGAUUAACGGGAAGGAUGAGAAUAUCAAAACUCCCUCUGUGCAUCCCGUGCUGAGUACAUGCCAGGGAGAAACAUCUUCAUCUUCACCUUCUCCUCUUUCUGGCUUUGCCUCACUAUCAGAUUCAUUCGGAUAUUCGUGGGUUGUGGUAGUCACUUCAACUCAAGAAUGUGUUGUGCUAGAGAUGAAAACUUGGAAUUUGUUGCUUCCCAUUCAAAUUGACAAAGAGAAGCCGAUUGACAUGGAACAACAGAAGGAGAAAGAUACUACGGAUAUCAUAAGCAAAGAACUCCUUAGUGGUCCAAAGUCCGUGCUGGCUCCUCAGGCCUCACCUAAUCUGCGUUCUAUUUCUGCAGAUUCUAUCGAAGGUCGAUCUGCUCUUCACCAGUACUUCAAACUUUUCCAUGAAAAUUAUGUCGAGUAUGCGCAUAAGGUGUACUUUGAGCUGAAACAUCAUGGACCUCAGCUAAAGAGAAUCAUAGACGACCAACAUGCUCGUUUGGACGAGGCACAACAGAAGAUAUCGAGAGUUGAAGCAAAACAGCCUAUGCUGGAUGAAAGGAUUGAUCGUGCGGUCCAGAGACACAACUCUUUGGAACAGUGUUUGCAACGUCUGAGAAGACUCCCUGGGGCACACAAGAAACCAUUGUCUAGAGCUGAGCGAGAGUUUAAGUCCGAACUCGAUCAAUUUACUGGAGUUGAACUGGAUGCUUUAAGAUCCUCCAUUGAUACAUUAGGCGCAAGGCUUAAAAGGUAUACAAAAUCUUCAAAAGACAACCUAACGACCCAAAGGAGGAAAAUACCUGGUAGGAACCAUGUCCAGGAUGCUCAAAUCUCUCAACUGAAAUUGUCACUCGAAAAACUCUCGCUGCUCAAUAGCGAGAGUACGAAAAAGGUCGAACUUGUUGAAUCGGCGAUAAAGACCGUGGAAAGCAGCAGAAACAAAACAAUCCUCUCGUGAUCGAGUUGCGGCGAAAGAAUUGAAAGCUCUUUCACAGUUUGAUUUUUUAGGUCUCAAUGGAGCAUUUAAGAAGCUAUUUAACGACAUGGUUGUGUAUGUUAGGGGAAGUUUCCGGUUCUUUUGCCUUUUAAGAAAAGCUAAAGUGGGGAAACCACCAUUUUUAGGUCUUAAUUUGAUUAUCCACUAAAAUUCAUGGCUUUUAUUUAGCAUUUCAGUGGAAUACAGGAAGUUUAUGAUUGUAAGUCUGGAGAAAUUUAAAAAAGUUGGGAACAUUUUUAGUAUUCAAACAUAGAUUUAGAGUUCAAAA